UGGUGUCUGAAGCAAUAGACAGAAUGAACCAGUCGAUAGUAUCAGAGUUUGUGUUCCUGGGACUCACGAAUUCAUGGGAGAUCCAACUUCUCCUUUUUGUUUUCUCCUUUUUGUUCUACUUGGCAAGCAUGAUGGGAAACCUUGUCAUUGUGUUCACUGUAACCUUGGAUGCUCAUCUACAUUCGCCUAUGUAUAUCCUCCUGGCUAACCUCUCAGUCAUUGAUAUGUUGUUUUGCUCAACCACAGCCCCUAAAAUGAUUUGUGAUAUUUUUAAGAAGCACAAGGCCAUCUCUUUUUGUGGAUGUGUUAUGCAGAUCUUCUUUAGCCAUGCUGUUGGGGGCACUGAGAUGGUGCUGCUUAUAGCCAUGGCCUUUGACAGAUAUGUGGCCAUAUGUAAGCCUCUGCACUACUUGAGCAUCAUGAGCCCAAAGAUGUGUCUAUACUUUUUAGUCACUUCUUGGGUCAUUGGGCUCAUCCAUUCAUUGGUUCAAUUAGGUUUUGUGGUAGAUUUGCCUUUUUGUGGCCCUAAUGUAUUGGAUAGUUUUUAUUGUGACCUUCCCCAGCUCCUCAGACUUGCCUGCACGAACACCCAAGAACUGGAGUUCAUGGUUACUGUCAAUAGUGGACUCAUUUCUGUGGGCUCCUUUUUCCUGCUGGUCAUUUCGUAUGUCUUCAUUUUGUUUACUGUUUGGAAGCAUUCCUCUGGUGGCUCAUUCAAGGCUGUCUCCACACUGUCAGCUCAUAUCACUGUGGUGGUUUUGUUCUUUGGGCCACUGAUGUUUUUCUACACAUGGCCUUCUCCCACAUCACACCUGGAUAAAUACCUUGCUAUUUUUGAUGCGCUUCUCACUCCUUUUCUGAAUCCAGUCAUCUACACCUUCAGGAACAAAGAGAUGAAAGUGGCAAUGAGGAGACUGUGCGGUCGUCUUGUGUGUUACAGGAAGAUUUCGUGAAUGGAUGGUAUG